UGCCACUACCUGCUUGACCUUUAUGCUUCCUCUUUAGCUAAAUAUAUGUACACUACUACAUCUUUCACUACAUAACAUAACCACACAGCUUAAUUGCUGCAAUUCCUUUGAUUGAUCAUAUGAUCAUUACUGUGUAAGCUAGGCACAGUCUUCGAUCAUGGCGGAUGGAUUCAGGGAAGCUCAGGAGAAUAUGACUAUUGGUAGUAGUAAUAUUAAUGGAGGAGGAAGUUUGAAGAGCAGCCAGCAGCAAGGGAAACUACAAGUAGAAGGUGAAGAAGAAGCAGAUGAUCGAUCCUUCGGGGAGAAAUGCAGCCAUCUGGUGAAGAAGCAGCGGGCCAAAUUCUACAUCCUUCGCCGCUGUAUUGCAUUGCUUCUUUGCUGGAAAGACCGUGACCGCUAAGCUAAUUAACUCGCUCUAUACUUAAUUUGUCCUUUUGUUGAUCCACUUAUAUUUUCCCCUUAACCUUCGUUAUUUCUACAUUAAUUAGUAUUCAUAAUCAUCAUCAUCCCAUUUUUUCGGUAUUUGCACCACCUCUUUUUUUUUUGGAUGUACCCUUCUCGCUAUUAUUGUGUAAUUUCGGCUUGUAAGACAAACGUAAUCAGUGUACGUUUUGUGGGUGCUCACUAGCUAGUACUACAUUAGAAAAUUAAAUAAUUAUCUUUUCCAAUCAUAUUUCUACAUUGGCCUUGUCCCACUAGCUGGCCACUUCAUCAUGGCCUGUCUUUCAUUGAUCUCGUAGCUUGUUUUUGUGUUUUUUUUUUAAAUAGAAUUGUACAAGCCAAAACUUUCGCAUUUGUGCUAAUAAUAGCCAACUUUGAAAAAAUACCACUUAUAACCAGAUUUUGUAAAGGGUGUUGGACAGAUAUAGCCAUUUCCGUGGGUGUUAGUGCAGCAAGAAAUUGAAGAUUUUAAUUACUAUGAUGUGGGAAACUUUGCUUUUCUUACAGAAGUUAGGUUCAUGCCUCAUUUUAGCCGUCUCUUGUCCUUUUGUUAGAUGGAUUAGUUGUUCCGUUUUUCCUUGUAUACAGAACAGUGGAGCGGUUAUGCUCCUGAGUUUUUUGCGGGUCCUGGUCUUCCAGGCCGUGAUUAAUGAAAGUUGAUAAUUACUGGGGGAAAAAAAAAUAACAUAUGGUUAUGUUUUAUUCAUUAAUAGUUUAAUUGUUUUCGUAUAAUGUUAUGUUAUUUGGUUAAUCCGAUUAACCAAACCAAUUAAACUUUGGUUUGGUUAAUUUGGUUUUCGUGUUAAUUUGGACGGUUUUGUUAAAACAUUUUAUUCCGUGGUUAAUGAAAUUUAGGAUUAAUUAGUUUGGUUAUUACCACGGUAACCAUUUGAAUACCCCUAGUUUCCCUUGCGUGUUGUGCAUAUGUGUGUGUUAAAGUGUUCAUGUACGUGUGCAUUGUGGAAUGGAGGGGGGAAUGAAAUAGUUGCAAUAUAAAUGAGUACACGACUAAACUACUCCGCUCGUGCGGCCUUUCGACUCCGCCGGCCCACACCAUCGUCUUCCCCUCUCUGUUGUAUCAAAGUCUUUCAUACCUCUGAUCGUGGAUCACAGGGCAGCUACUGUUUCUGGUGUAUGAAUUUGUAUAUAUAUGGCUGUGUUGGGCUCCUCUUUGAACAGUUCAUCCUUCUCCGUCGUAUCUCAUGAAUUUACCACCACGUCCAAAUGUUUCAUCAAAUCACGAAAGUUCCUAGCUACUCGGCAUGCAACCGACCAGUUCUGCAGGUUUCACGUUAUAUAUCGUACGUACAGACUUACCCUUUCAUGACUUUGUGAACACUAAUGAAAUGCACGUACAUCAGCUACAGAGGCUAAGGGUUGGCGGUGGGGGAGGGGCACUGCCAAACACGUGCAGUCCUGACAAAGGUUGAAGGAAAGAGGAAACACUCUCAUGAGAAUUGAGAAGUGAGUGUGUCUGUCUUUUUCUCGUUCUUCACUAUCAAAACCUUUCACUGUUCGUCGAAAGUAAGAAAUGGUGGAACUCUGUUAACUGCUGCUGCUGAACUGGACCCUUUACGCGUGGAUCCACACGUGAGGAUCACAACUGUAGCCAGUCAAAUCUAAGGAAUUGUGUGUUGAUUCUGAGAUGAGUAUGACUCUUUGUGAGCUGUCAGUCGUUUUCUUUCCAUUUCUUAUACCAAUUCAUGCUUUUGGAUCAGAUGCACACGGUUGUGCAUAUCACUUCCUUUGUUAAUCACUGUUUAUUAGAAAUUGUUAUAUAGGGGUAGUUUGGAAGUUGCGAAUGUUAAUUCGUUGCAUUGUAAUGAAUUACGAUAAUAUAA